UGCAACAUAGCGCAAAUUGUGACGCGUUGAUUUCGGCAUUGGUGUUUGUCGGGAUCCAGAUUGUUGAAUUAUUUCGACUUUUUUCAUCCAAAUGUCUGUCGUUGAGUAGUGAUACCGAACAACCGACAAAUAAAACACCCCCUCGUCCGAGGUAUAUCAACAGUCGCCGAGUAAUGGAAGACGAAACGGAGCAACCCAAAUCAGGAGAGACAACAGAAGUCAAUCAGGAUGAGCUCAUCCUUCAGCAACAGAGGCGCAUCGAGAAAGAGAUUCAAGACAGUAUAUCUCUGGUUGGGCAAAAGGAGUCCCUGAAAGCUCUGGAAAAAGAAUACGAAGGGGACAUAGUGUACUUAACAAAGGCCAAGGUCCUAGCUGAGACUUAUUCGUAUUUCAGAAAGACGAGGCCUGAUGGCAACUGUUUCUUCCGAGCUUUUAGCUACGCCUAUUUGGAAAAGCUAAUCAACAAUAAGGAGGAAUACAAAAAAUUUCACACAUAUGCGCUAACAAGUAAAGAUAAACUGCUUGCGUUAGGUUUUCCCAAGUUUACAGUCGAUGAUUUUCACGACACGUUUAUGGAAGUUAUUGAAAAAGUCGGUACUGCAGAAGAUGGCUCUGCAGAGCUUCAUAAACUGUUCAACGACCAAGGAUUUUCAGAUUAUGUUGUGGUUUAUCUACGGUUAAUAACUUCUGGACAGCUACAAAAGGAAAAGGACUUUUAUCAGAAUUUUAUUGAAGGUGGUCGGACUGUCGAAGAAUUUUGUCAUCAGGAAACUGAGCCAAUGUAUAAAGAGUCUGAUCACAUUCACAUUAUUGCCAUGAGCAGUGCAUUAGGUACCUGUAUUCGUGUACGAUAUAUGGAUAGAACUGCUGGUACUGAAGUAGUAGCACAUGAUUUUCCUGAAGGAUCCAUACCAACGGUUCAUUUACUGUAUCGACCAAAUCACUAUGAUAUUUUGUACCCUUGAUAAUUAUGUUGACUGGAAUAUCUGAUUUUUUUUUACUUAACAUAUAAGUCACAAUUGAAUAUCUGUGAAGUUGCUCUUAAUAUCGGAGGUUUAUCGUCUUUUGUAAUGGUUGGAUAAAUUUUUUUUAAUAAUUAUUUUCGUCGUACAUCUUAGCCAUUAACUCUAUUUUACUAAUUUUAUAAGAGAAUUUGUUGGACUAUUGCACUCAAGAGUUAAUUAUCUUUUUAAGAUGUUUAACUCAAAGAACUUGCAAUUUGUGAUUAAUUUUUAAUAUCCGGUGAAUUUAAUUGUAUAAUACUGUUCUUACAACCUACAAUUUUUACCAAUAUAUUUUCCCAAACAAAAAAUAAAAAAGAUUUAGUACUUUA